CGAACACAACGACCGUUGCUCGGCGCCGAUCGCGGGUGCGCUCUCUUUUUUUUUCAUUUCCAUUUACCUCUUUUUCUCUCGUCGUUUUCUCCCCCCACCCCUCUCCACCGUCCCUUGCGUUUCGCUUCCCGCCCCUCUGACCUUCCCCGACGACGGUCUCCGUCCAUCCACGCGCUCUCACGCUCGUCAUCUCUCUGCCUCUGUCCACAUCGCUAUUUCUCGUAACUCGUUCUGUCAGCGUCUGUCCUACACCUUCCCCGUUUCCGAAUCGGCCCGGAAGGAGACGUCACGAUCAAGAGGAAGUGGAAACCGUCAGACCGUGCAGGAACGUUACGCGAUCGCUGCUUGGGCGUAUAACUACGGUCACAGGCGGCGGCGGCGGCGGCGGCGGCGGCGACAACGACGACGCCGACGACUUUGGACGACGAAGGUUCGACAACGUCGCGGUUGUGCGACCGGUGGACGAGACAGUGGUAUUUACCAUCGAAUUGUACUCCUCACGUCGUCCGCCGAACGAGUUGAAACAGACAUGAUUGGCCAAUAAAAGUCCAUCGCCCCGAAGAGACUUCUGUUGCAGUCUGAACGACAAGCUCAAUCUGAGCGAUAAGCAAUAUUUACCUGUGUAGGUAAUCGUUUGUCGGCUUCCCGGACGGAUCUGCGAAAGCGCCGAACAGGCAUACACAAAAACGCGACUACUGUAUCUAUUACGGCAAUAAUAAUGAUAAUUAGCAAUAUUAUAGUGAUAACAGAACGUUAGAAUUGAAUUUUUUUUCCCGAACGAACGAAAAGCAAUAAUAGGUAUAUGUAUUAGGUAUAGGUAAUCUAUUAUAGUGUACGGUAUACAUUAAUAUUAUAAUCAGUACAGACAGUAUCUGCAGAGCGAUAAUCGAUUAGUGCUCAAUUCAGUCUAGAUCUGUUUUUUAUUUUAUAUAUUUAUAUUAUAUAUAAGACGAGAAUUUUUUUCUCACUUUACUCUGACGACGAUUCAACUCCGUUACCAUGCCCCGAUACUACGCGGUGAAGAAAUUGGGACCAAAACUGAUGUUUCACCAACAACAGCAGCACCAACAACCACAGCAGCAACAACAACAACAAAUAUUAUUUAUACACCAGCAACAAAACCAGACGGUCAAGGACGAGCUAGAGGACGAUGAGUGCAGCAGUUCCAGAUCUGGUACCGAAUCUCCGCCACCGUUCACCGACCCCACGUCGGUGAAACUCUACAAGCCUCUGGAGUCCGUCACCAUGUCUAAACACAAAGAUUAUUUGAAGUAUUGUUAUGAGCUGGAUCAAAAACAAAACUUGUUUAAGGAGCGAAGCAAAGAAGAAACGGAAGCUGCUCACGACUUGCUAGAACUCUCCAGGUCGUUGCCGCCACUGCCGCCUCCGAGUACUGUGACCAUCGCCGCACCUACACCACCCGAGACACCUCUAGGCUCGGGUGUAGGUGAUGGAUGCCCAGCGUCUCCGCAAUUCGUGUACGUUUCCGCCGCUGUAUCGGCCGCGCCGCUUACACCGCCCGCUUCAGAGUAUUCGUCGGAUGCUGAAAACAUACCAGCGGACGCGGGAAGUGGGACUUCGAACGCCUCGGCCGUCGUGGUGGCCACGGCCACGGCUACCACUACCGUCUACAGCCUGAUCGAUUACGUAAUCGAGAGGAGCGACGGCGGUGCGUACGAUCCGUUACUGUCCAGAGACUUGAACGUCAAGACCGGCAAGACAACGACCGCGGAACACCGUCGGUCGACCUCCACCACUACCACCACCACAACUACCCAGGUCGUAGUCGGAUGCAACUCCGGCAACAAAGCCCGUUACACGUGCACGGACUGCGGCAAGCACUACGCGACGUCGUCGAACCUGUCGCGGCACAAGCAGACGCACCGGAGCUUGGACUCGCAGUCGGCAAAGCGGUGCAACGCGUGCGGCAAAGCGUACGUCAGCAUGCCCGCGCUCGCCAUGCACCUGCUCACGCACAAGCUGUCGCACGCAUGCGGCGUGUGCGGCAAGAUGUUCAGCCGGCCGUGGCUGUUGCAGGGUCACCUGAGGUCGCACACCGGCGAGAAGCCGUACGCGUGCGCGCAGUGCGGCAAAGCGUUCGCGGACCGGUCCAACCUGCGCGCGCACAUGAUGACCCACUCGGGCGACAAGAACUUCGCGUGCCACUGGUGUCGCAAGUCGUUCGCGCUCAAGUCGUACCUGAACAAGCACCUGGAGGCGGGCUGCGCGCCGGCGUCCGCGGUCGCUGCCGCUUCACCGUCGCCGUCGUCACCGUCGUCGCCGCAACAGCCGCAGCAGCAGGACGACCGCGACACGGCCACCCGGGACGGAUAA